UCGAUGGCGGGAGUGGGAGGAAAACACCUGUGGCGGAAGUAGCAAACCUUAAUCAAUUGUUAAUUAAGUCGUUUUUUACGGCGGGAUCGACAACAUUAGCACUAUCUAUACUAGCAUUGUUUCAGUAAGUCCACACAUAUAUGGCUUCCAGGAGAAGACAACAUUUAAUUCCAGAUCAUAAUGAUGGUGGCCAAUCCAGCAACAUGGAGCAGCUUGCCUUCAAAUACAUGAUGUGUAAAGUGGAGUCCAGCACUGAUUCAGACUCUGAGAUAAGUCCAAGGUGGUCUGACACCAGCACUAUGGAAUGUGUGAGCAGUGCACCAGAGAGUGGCACAUUAAGGCGGACAUUGCCUGAACCUCCUGUAAGACAUGGCUGUUACUCCUUGUUUUUGGAUCCGUAUGAUGGCAGCUCUGAGGAUUCUGAUGACAAGGACGCCCCCAGCAGGCGAACGAGACAGCAUAGAAAAGGAGGAGGAGGUCGCUUCUCACAUAAAAGCAGGCGCUUUAUCCUUCAUUAUUCUCCAGAUACUGGCUUUAGACAAGUGCUGAAAACACAAACAGAGCAGCAGCAUCUUGUGGACGUCCAGAUGAAGUGCACGGAGGACUCGGAGGUUUGGCUUUGCGAGCUGCUCUCCAUGUCCUCCCACACGGACUUGUAUGGCGGAGAACCUGUGGAGGAGAUGUCAAACGGAGCAGACAUCAAUGCACAACUCAAUAACCCUGCCCCGACUUCCAGCCAGAUGCCCGAGAGCUCCACUGACAGAUCCCCCGGCAGCACAUGUAACCUCAGGGUUCUGUUCAAGAGGAAACUGGCUGUCCCCACAGCUGAUGGGAUGGAGCUGGGCCACAGAAAGAGGCAAUGUGUCGUCAACAUGGAGGAGGAGGAGGAAAAAGGAACAGCAGGAGGAGGUGCUGCUUGGGAAUGAUGAUAGCUCCUCUUGAUGCUCGGCAUCAAAAUAUUACUAAAGAAAGCUAAUGCACUUUGUCAUGAAGCACAGAGAAUGUCAUUGCAAAUGUCCAGCUCUGUACUAACAGGAGAUACUGUUCUUUUUUUCUUGUAGGCCAAACUAUAAAUAGGGAUUGAGUUAUUCAUUUAUUGAAGCGUUGUUUUUGUUCCGUAUUUGUGAGGAUUUCCAUGCUGUAAAAUGUUUACUGGAUGUAUUUCACUUUAAGGGAACUUUUUUAAGUUUUCUCACAAAAAGUCAAACAGCAAAUUAGUACAAAAU